GUCUCGUGGGGGUGGCCUUGGUUCCCGCAAACAGAAAGAGCUGCCAACAGAACCCCCCUUCACAGCCUAUGUGGGGAACCUCCCCUUCAACACUGUCCAAGGAGACAUAGAUGCCAUCUUCAAGGAUCUCAGUGUGAGGAGUGUACGACUAGUCAGAGACAAGGAGACAGACAAAUUUAAAGGGUUUUGUUACGUAGAGUUCGAUGAGGUGGAGUCACUCAAGGAAGCUCUUACAUACGAUGGUGCACUUUUGGGUGACCGAUCACUGCGAGUGGACAUAGCAGAAGGCAGGAAACAGGAUAAAGGUGGCUUUGGCUUCAGAAAAGGCUGCGGGCCUGAUGACAGAGGAAUGGGAGGAGGUUCCCGAGAAUCCAGAGGAGGUGGAUGGGAUUCCAGAGAUGACUUCAAUUCUGGAUUCAAAGACGAUGACUUCUUGGGCGGCCGGGGUCGAGGCACCCGCCCCGGAGACCG